CUGCGCGGGACUCCUCUUCCUGAUCGAAGAGCCUCAUAUAUCUUGUCACCCCACCUUACCACAUAACCAACUACACUACAACAGCAAUCAUGCCUGGUGGUGGAGCUGUCCCCGUCACCGGUACCUCCGAUGUCAACCGCGUUGAGGCCCCCGUCACCGUUCGUGCCUACCUGAUCGUUGCUUUCGCAGCUUUCGGUGGUAUCUUCUUCGGAUAUGAUACCGGUUGGAUGGGUGGUGUCCUUAACAUGGACUACUUCAUCAAGCAGUACACUGGCUACGACUACCCCGAUGUUUGGAACCCUGACGCCACUGCCGACCAGAUCAAGACAUACCGCAACGAAUUCUUCAGUGUUCCAUCGUGGCAACAAUCUCUGACCACCUCCAUUCUCUCUGCCGGUACCUUCUUCGGUGCUAUCAUCGCCGGUGACCUUGCCGACUUCAUCGGUCGUCGCAUGACCAUCAUUCUGGGUUGCGUAAUCUUCUCUGUCGGUGGUAUCCUCGAGACUGCCUCCACUGGUCUCAACGUCAUGGUCGCGGGUCGUCUCAUCGCUGGUUUCGGUGUUGGUUUCAUCUCCGCCAUCGUCAUUCUGUACAUGUCUGAGAUCGCUCCUCGCAAGGUCCGUGGUGCCGUUGUUGCUGGUUACCAGUUCUGCAUUACCAUUGGUAUCCUGCUCGCCAACUGCGUUGUCUACGGCACUCAGAACCGCCGCGACACUGGCUCUUACCGUAUUCCUAUCGCCGUGCAGUUCCUCUGGGCCAUCAUCCUGGCUGUCGGUCUUGCUCUACUCCCUGAGUCUCCUCGUUACUGGGUCAAGAAGGGCAAGCUUGACAAGGCUGCUCACGCUCUUGGCCGCGUUCGUGGCCAGCCCCUUGACUCCGAGUACAUCCAGGAUGAACUUGCUGAGAUCAUUGCCAACCACGAGUACGAGAUGUCCGUCGUUCCCCAGACCAGCUACCUCGGGUCCUGGAUGUCUUGUUUCGAGGGCAAGAUCACCAACCCUGCCUCCAACAAGCGCCGCACCAUCCUCGGUAUCUGUAUGCAGAUGAUGCAGCAGCUUACCGGUAUUAACUUUAUCUUCUAUUUUGGCCCUGUCUUCUUCCAGCAGCUCGGAUCCAUCAGCAACCCCUUCCUCAUCUCCCUCGUCACCACCCUCGUCAACGUGCUUUCUACACCCGCUUCCUUCGUAAUGGUUGAGAAGAUCGGUCGCCGACGUAUCCUCAUCUUCGGUGCCGCUGGUAUGGUCAUCAUGCAGUUCAUCGUUGGUGCUAUUGGUGCCACAGCUGGCAAGAACACUGCCGACCAUCCCGCCAACCCCAACGCUACCCGCGCCAUGAUUGCCUUUAUCUGCUUGAACAUCUCCGUCUUCGCCACUACCUGGGGUCCCGCUGCCUGGAUCGUCAUUGGUGAGAUCUUCCCGCUCACCAUCCGUUCGCGCGGUGUCGGUCUGUCCACUGCCUCUAACUGGUUCUGGAACUGCAUCAUCGGUGUCAUUACCCCCUACCUGGUCGCUGACCGUGCCGACUCUGCUCGUCUCGGUUCCAACGUCUUCUUCAUGUGGGGCGGUCUCUGCUGCAUCUCUUUCUUCUUCGCCUACUUCCUCGUUCCUGAGACCAAGGGUCUUACUCUCGAGCAGGUCGACAAGAUGCUUGAGGAGUCUACUCCCCGCACCUCUCGCAAGUGGAAGCCUCACAGCACCUUCGCUUCCGAGAUGCACCUUGGCGAGAAGCAUAUCGAGAUUCCAGUCGGCACCGAUAACGUUGCUGCCAAGACUGCGACUACCGUUUAAGUCGCCACUGGGUGUCCAUCAAGAGUUUGUAGGAGUGGUGAGCUCUCAACACUUAUCACUUCUGCGACGAGGCGGAAUACGACUAUGAUUACAUAUAUUGAAUGAGGACAAGAUGUGGUAAUGACUGGCUGUGUCAAUUACACUGAGUGUGAUUGCAUAUGUCCGUAGGAAAUAUAUACCCGGGGCCAAUUAUUGUUGGUACCAUCCCUGCCUCGCUUCCCGCUUACCCAAAACUUGCGCUGUCCUUCACCUUCACUUCACCUCUGCAAGCCCCAAUCUUCUGACAAGCACUCGCAAUUGUCCUAACUUUUGCAGCUCACAUCCUUCACUAAGCAUGACAACAAAGAUGGCUGACGCCGCUCUGAUCGACAAGAACUUCUCCAAACGCCUCGACAGGGCCUAUGACUACUUCGACAGCGACCGUCUCGAAGACUGCCUCCUCCAAGCCAGAGAGAUCCUCGAUGAUAGCGCCUGUCCCAG